AUGGCAACCCACCUCGCCGCCGUCCUCCCGACCAAAGGCCAACCCUUCGAGGUCCAAGCCCGGCUCGCCCCAAAGCCCGGCCCAGGCGAGCUUCUCAUCGCCGUCAAGUCCGUAGCUCUGAACCCGGCCGACCACAUCAUGCGCAGCACGGGUCUCUUCAUACCCACGUACCCCACUAUCACCGGGUUCGACAUCGCGGGCCUCGUUCUCGAGGUCGGCGACGACGUUCCCACCGAUCAUGGUCCGGGCCCGCGCUUCCUACCCGGCAUCACGCGCAUCGCCGCCUACGCCGCAUCCGUCUGGCGGUCCUGCGAUCCGGACUACGGCGCGUUCCAGGAGCGGUGCCUCGUGCCCUGGCAGCAUGCCGUGCCCCUUCCCGACAACGGCGUUUCUAUCUCGUGGAACCAGGCGGCGACCCUGCCCGCGGCCGUCCAGACGCCGCUCUGCGCGUGGGAUGCCAUGGGGAUCCCCCGGAUGGGCGAAGGCGCUGCUUCUCGUGACAUAGGAAAAAGAGAAGCACUCUUGAUCUGGGGCGCCUCCUCCAGCGUGGGCACAAUGGGUGUACAGACGGCCCGAUUGCUGCGCGACGACCCCACCUCUGCCUUCGCGGCCGUGUAUGCCACGGCCGGAGCGGCGAACAAGAGCUAUGUGGGUUCACUAGGCGCGGACCGCGUGUUCGACUACAAGGACCCGCAAGUAGUGAACGCCAUUGUCUCAGCGGCCCGGAGCGACGGGCUCGUGAUCCGGCAUUGCUUCCUGGCUACCGGGCAGCUGGCGCUGUGCCAGGCUGUGCUCAAGACUUUCGUCGGAGACCAGGAAGGAGGGGCGCAGAUGGAGACGGCGAAGAUCGGGUCGGCACCCCCGGUCCCUGCGGAUGCCGAGGUCGUGAGCGGGGUGGAGACGAUCAUGGUAAUGCCGCCGAUGGUGGAAGAGGAAAGGCUGCGGCAGUUCCAGUAUUGGCUCGGGACGCACCUGAGGGAUAAUCUGGCCAAGGGGACUAUCAGGCCGAGUCCGGAACCAAAGGUUGUGGGGAAGGGGGUGGAGGCUAUCAAUGAUGGCCUGGAUUUGCUGCUCCACGGUGUGAGCUGUACGAAGUUGGUGGUUGAACUUGCGGAGUGA